UUUGUAAAUUAUGUGACCAUUGUAUUUAAUUAUGAAAAUUGAGGCUAAAAUUUUAUUUUGGUUUUAUUACCCUAAAUUCUGUAUCAUUUUUGUUUGGCCUUAAACAUUGUUUCUUUUGAAAACCUUUAGACCUUUUAUGAGAUGUAAGCUCAUAAAAUACCAAAUCAUUGUUGAUAUAACAUAAUCCAAUUCGAUAAGAGUUUCUUACCCAAGCACCAAUUUUAUAUUUUGAUGGCAGCCUAAUAACAGAUAUUCCUCAAGGAUUUUAUUCCGUUGAAAGCCUGCAAAGAAAGGACUCACGACGAGCCAUUUCUCAAGAAAAGGGGUUUUCAUAUGUUUGAACAACUGCUAAUCUGUUGAAUGGACGGCCGGAUCGGAUAGAUGUUCUUGUUUACCAUUGAAUUUACGCGGGCGCCGUCGGCACUUAAAAUUCUACUUGAUUAUUGUUCGUGUUGGUGGAAAAGUUCUUCGAACCCAUCUCCUUAUCUCUGUAUCUAUUUUCCAAUUUAAUUACGAUUUAAAAAGAUACCGAUCUCUAUAUGCAUUUUUUUCGUGUGAGGUGCAGUGCAUUCUCUAACCUUGGUUGAAAAUUAAAAAUAUAUAUUAUUGACUGAGGUAUAUUGAAAAUCACGAUAAUGAUGAGAAGAACUGUUAGAUAGCCAAGUUUUUGAAGUUUUGUAAAGUUGUGAUUUGUUAAAUUAGUUAUUCAUUUUGAUAAAUUUUUAAAUUGCUAACUUGGUAGCGAUGAUCGCGUUUCCGCAGUAAUUCUAGUCUUUUGGCUUUUCAUUUUCAUCUCUCAUGAUAUAUAAUAAUUUUAUCCAUAUUUUUGUAAAUUAUGGUUAAUGUACAAGUGUCUAAAAACUCUUUUAAGAAUUUAUAACCUGCAAAGUUCUUUUAAUGAAACUGUAAGUCUGGAGGAGGCUAAGCCUUUCUUUUGUGGACUUAUUAUCAAUCACGAAAAUAAAAGCCUAGUUUUUCUUUUUCCUAGCACCACUUAAUUAAUAAAAAUUCUUUAUACAUAAGUUCUAUUUAAUAUCGUUUUCAAUGAAUGCCAAUUUUUACUUAUUCGGUAUAAAUUAAAACAUUGACGUACUUUAAUGUAGAAUUAUAUCCGGUUUUUAAUUGAAAUUGAAAUUGCCUUGGCUGAGUCAAUUUGUUGUGUAUCGGCGUAACCUGGCAGUAAAAUCCUGCAAAAAGCUGAUUCGUCAUUAUUACCCAAUCGAUUCAUGCUAAUGUGCAUUUCAGUAAUGCCUCAGGCGAUCAUUUUCUCUGGCUUUUAAACGUAUUUAUUAUUAAAAUAAUAACAACCAUAAAGUAAAAUUUGAUGAAAUUAGGAAGCCUACACAAAUGGCAAGUUCUUCUCGUCCAAAUCUAUUAAAAACUUGCUCGUUCGAGCUUCAUUUCAGGGAAUAUUUUUGGGUUUUUACAAAGUUAAUUUCACCCAAUUUUCUCAUGUUCAUCCCAGUAAGCGGGGGUGGCCUCAAUUUUCAUGGAAAGUUGAGGGCGCCCCUUGGGAUGUUCUUGAACAAUGGAUAACGAACAACACCACCAGGAGUUGGUGAAAUGUGUCGUCGUUGGCGAUACAGCAGUCGGCAAGACGAGGCUGAUUUGUGCCAGGGCGUGCAACACUCAGCUAACGCUUUCUCAAGCUUUGACAACACAUGUGCCAACCGUCUGGGCUAUAGAUCAGUAUAGGAUCUAUAAAGAUGUACUGGAAAGAUCAUGUGAGGUAGUCGAUGGAGUCAAUGUCUCCCUGAGACUCUGGGACACGUUUGGUGAUCAUGAGAAAGACAGGAGAUUUGCAUACGGAAGAUCAGAUGUAGUACUCCUGUGCUUCUCCUUGGCCUCACCGAAUUCUCUCAAGAACUGCAAAGCCAUGUGGUACCCUGAAAUUAGAAAAUUCUGCCCCCACACACCUGUGAUCUUAGUCGGCUGUAAGAAUGAUCUCAGGUUUAUGUACAGAGACAAGGCGUAUCUAGAUUCUUUUAGAGAGAGAAGUCCCUUCCUCAGGGCAAUAAGAAAAUCAGAUAUAGUGAUGCCUGAUCAAGCUAGGAGUGUAGCAAGAGAAUUAGGCGUUACAUACUACGAAACUAGUGUCCUCACUUAUUACGGAGUAAAUGAAGUUUUUGAAAAUGCUAUCAGAUCCGCCCUAAUAGCAAGGCGGCAGCAGAGGUUUUGGAUGACUAAUCUCAAAAAAGUCCAAAGGCCACUCUUACAGGUUCCAUUCUGUCCGCCAAAACCAAAAGCAAGACCAGUACAAGUUUGUCCAUCCACUUUUGAUGACUCGAUGCGCUGGCUGCUAAACAACCUGCCACAUUCUGAUGUUGUCUUUGUAGCAGGGUCUGUCUAUCUUCCUGCACAUAGGUUUAUGCUUGCUGCCGCUUCGCCAUCAUUGCUAAGGUUGUUAUGUACAGAUCUCACUGGUGAACUGAACACAAGAAGCGCCAGUGAAUCAAGCAUGGUAUCUUCUUUUGGCGAAGCAACUUCUGGUGAUUUCAAUGAAGACACAGAGACCCUUAUCCGAGUAGAAAAGCCAUCCACCAGAAGUGGGGUGUGGGACCAAUUGAAGAGACGGUCUAGCUGUCAAGUGCUGACGAGUGCCUGCAACAACAGCCCAGGGCAGAGGGUUUGCGCCAGCAGAGAGCUAAACCUCCCAGCAUUUACUAGCAUUAGGGUGCAACAGGUAGAGGAUUUGGACCAACAAGGAAAGCUCACUUCAUCUGUUCAGACUGUGAUAACGCUGAGUAAACUUGUAACUGCUCAGGCCAUGCAGCAAUGCCUUCUCUUCUUGUACACAGGAACAAUAGACUCCAAGUUCACCCAACUCCAGAAUGCCUCUGUUGGACUUUUACAGGAAAUACGGCAGGCUGCGGAGUUUAUUCAGAUCCCGGACUUGUUGCUUUACAUCUCCAAUCUGAUGAUGCACUCCGAGUUCCUCAACCCGGAGUUGAAAAAGCGACACAAAAAUACGGUUCGGCUGAGGCUAAGUCGUUUCAUCUUAAAUCAAGGUUUAUUUGCUGAUGUCAUGUUCCAACUCGAUGAUGGAUGCUUGCCAGCUCACAAACCCCUUCUAAUAGCUAGAUGUGACAUGAUGAGGGCAAUGUUCUCAGGAGAUUUUCGUGAAGGCUCAGCCAAAGUUAUAUCAUUCCCAGGAGUGAAAUGUGACAGUUUCCGCAUACUGUUGUACUUUCUGUACUGCGACUACUUGGAACCAUUGGCUCCAGCAAGGUGCAUUGACUUGCUUGAACUUGCAAACCGUCUUUGCCUGCCUAGGCUCAUUCAUUUGGUAGAAUUGAGUGUCGUCUCGGAAUUGACGUUGUUGAGUACGGAAAAUGAAGAGAGUGACGUUGUCGAGCUUUGUCUGAAACUUCUUGAGCCUUGCAAGCUUCACAAUGCAGACCAAUUGGCCGACUGGUGCAUGAGCCACUUGUGCAUCAAUUACAACAAACUUUGCAAGAUGUCACCAAAGCUGUUGAAAAGCCUUCACCCUGAAAAUCAGGAAUACCUCAUGGAAAACAGGUGGCCGCCCAUAUGGUAUCUAAAGGACUUUGACUACUAUGACAAAUGUUUUUCGGAGAGGGAAAGACAGGAGAGGAUGGUGUUCAAGAGAGGCUCAGCUUCAGCAAGCACAGAGGAAAACAGCGGAAGCAGUUGCCUUUGCUUUGGAGGACGAUCCCAGGGGGUCGUCGCUUCGUGACCCUGGCUGCUCCCCUCGGUCAUAGUAUUGUCUGCCCUCUCUCUCGUUCUCUCGGCUCUGCUAGUAGUUCUAUUUAUAUAAAUGCUUCCAAGUUCCUUAUUAAAUUACAAGUUCACAUUAAAGUUUAUUUCUAUUUUUUAAAUGUUUCUAAUGUAAGCAUUUUUGUAUUUUUUCUAUAAUGGGGCCAAAGGAAAAGAAGAUUGAAUAUUUUUAGAAGAAUUAAUCUUCUUUAACCAAGUAUUCUAUAAUAUAUUAUAAUAUAAUUAUUAAGAAGUAGGCCCUUUUUCUUAUAAAAAGCUAGUUAGAUGCCUUUACACUGUUUAAUUUCUUACAUAGAAUUCUAAAGCUAAAAUUUCAAACUAUUUAAAAACAAACUCACUUAGCCACUACAUUCCUCGACAAAUCUUCAUCAUUUUGAUUUUUCAAAAGAAGUGUGAACUUGUAUCAGAUGUAAAUGUCAUACGUCUAAAACAACUCUUCACUACUAUUUAGAGCUGAUUUUUUAAGCAGACAUUACUAUUGAAAAUCGAAAAUGGGAAUUGUCAAAUUUUUGUGUUCAACCAUGAACUGUUAGGUAUAGCUGUAUGUCUAAACCUAUUGAUAUCACUGAAACUGCUGUUUAGGGAUAUAUCUAUAUAAGCUUAUAACUUUAUGACUGGUCAAAUUAAAACAAUUUUCCAGUGGGUUCAUUUGUAAAUAUUAGAUUAGACAACUGGCCUGAUUCUAGUUUACAAUCUAUUUUAUCAGCAAUAAAUGAGAAUUAGUUUCGUUUUUAAAUAGUGUCAAAACAUUUUUUUAUUAUUAUUAAUUUUUUGUACUAUGUAUUUGACUUGCACACUGUCUUUUGCUCACCUAUGCCUUUCUUUUCUAAACAAUAUGUCAUAUUACAUAUAUACAUAUAUAACAUUAAAAAAAAGAAAAAAAAUUACCUUGUAGAAUAUAAAAAAUCUAGUCCUGUCACCUGUCAAUUCUAAACAUGCAGGGAUCCGUUUGCCUCUUAGAUGCUUACAAUUAACAUAACAAAUAGCAGUUUUAUAAAAAAAAAAAA